CAUCGAAAUAUUAAGCUAAGGUAUUUUUGUUAAUUCCUUCAAAUAUACCAAGGUCCGGCGUAUAUAUUAAAGAUGUUCAAGGUUCACAUCACCAGUAACAGCUCUCCAAACCCAUGUGCAUGGCCAAUUGAGCAUGGCUCGGCAAACUACCAACCGAAUUUCAAGAACAAUUUGAAGGUCCUUCUUGCAUAUGAUGAAGUAAUUGGACGGAAGGUGUUGAAGGUUAUUCUCAAGAGCCUUCGCGUGGAAACUCUAGCAGUUGAAAAUGGUAUGGAAGCUAUAAAUCUUUUUCAUGCAGGAAAGAGCUUUGAUGUUAUCCUGGUGGCCCUAGAAAUGACUGAGAUGAGCGGAAUAGAGGUUACGCGAAAGCUGCGGUCAAUAGGGGUGACUAAAACUAUUGCUGGUCUUACUGUUCGAUCUGUUGAUGAGGUCAUGCAAGAGUUUGCUGAGGCUGGAGGAGAUAUUCUUCUUACCCUGCCUAUUCUUCGGGCAACAUUUAUCAAACUGCUUGAAGAUGUCGAUGUAUCUCUUGGAUAAACCUAUGUUAAGUUGCAGCUGAAGUGCAUCAUAUGCAAUGGAUUUCAACCUAUUAGAAUUUGGAAGGCACUUGUUCAAUUGUUAAUCCAUUGGGACUUAAAAGGAUGCUUUAUUUGAGUAUGAGAGUUCUUCAGAAGAAAUAAAAAGUUCUACCUUGCUGAAAAUUUAGUGCAU